AUGAGCGAACACGGCCUAGAUUGGCUCCAAGAAAAGGCAAUCGGCUGGAGCCACAGACCUUCAGUAAACAAGAUUGACACUCAUCAUCAUUGUGUGCCGCCAUUCUAUGCCAAUGCGGUUGAAGAUCAGGGAGGCGACCCAAGUGGCUGGCCAACUCCCCAUUGGAGCCCGCUGGCUUCCAAGCUGCUGAUGAAGCGCGUGGGAGUUCAAACAGCAGUUCUUUCAACUACUGCCCCUGGAGCUUGUAUCCUGCCUGAUCGUCAAGCACGCGCUCAGCUCGCGAGAAAAUUGAACGAAUAUUGUGCUGAUCUCCGUGACAAAGACCCGGAGAGAUUCGCCUUUUUUGUAUCAUUACCCAACAUUCUUGAUACCGAGGAUGCCCUCGCGGAAAUUGCAUAUGCGCUAGAUACCCUCCACGCAGAUGGAGUCACUCUUUUCACUCGCUACGGGUCAUCUAACACCUAUCUUGGUCAUCCUGAUAUUGAACCCAUCUGGGCAGAGCUGAACAGACGAGGCUGCGUGGUUUUUGUCCAUCCCACCCAUCCAGUCGAUACCAACCCCGUGAACUCAAAGCUACCACAGCCAGCUAUUGAUUACCCCCAUGAAACGACGCGUACUGCAAUGGAUAUGAUCACCAACGGAACUCGACUAAAGUAUCCCGCCUGCAAAGUCAUACUCUCCCACGCAGGCGGAGCUCUACCCUAUAUAAUCUCGCGCGUUACGACCCCCAUGAAAAAGGCACCAGACUUUGCCGUCUCGCAUCGUAUGGGGACGACACAUGACAAAUCAAUGGAGUCAUUCCGUAGCUUCCACUUUGACCUGGCGCUGAGCUCGUCGCCGCAGGUCCUGGAUAUGCUGUUGAAGAUGGUUCCGCAUGACCACAUCUUGUAUGGGAGCGAUUUCCCGUAUGCUCCGAUAACCGCUUAUCCGGCAUUUCUUGAGGCGCUUGAGUCGUAUGAAAUGGAUUCAGAGUUGAGGGAUAUGAUCAACUUUGGGAAUGCGAUGAAGUUGUUCCCGCGGUUGUCGAGGAGAGGCGGAGCUUUGUAG